AUGCCUUACAAUUCCGAGAUACAAUUCACCCUCGACACCAUCUGUCCCUGGACCUACCUCGCCAAACGUCGCCUCUCCAGAGCUCUCUCGCAACUCCCCCCAGAAAGCCCCGUCACGUUCACAAUAAAAUACCUCCCCUACCAACUCUACCCCGACGCUUCGCAACAGGGCGAAGAUAAAUACCAAUGGUACAAGAAGAGCAGAUAUGGCGACAGCGAAGAGAAAAUGAACAUGUACACCAAGCUCAUGCGUUCGUACGGGGAGAAGGAAGGCAUCAGGUAUGAAUUCGGAGGCACGGUAGCGAAUACAUUGCAUGCGCAUAGGUGCAUUCAGCAUUGGCAAGGAACCAAAGGAGCAGAGGUGGCAGAUAAGUUUGUCGAUAGUUUGUACCGGCAGUAUUUCGAAGAGGAAAAGCAUCCGAGUUCGCAUGAGACGCUGUCGACAGCGGCGAGAGAAGCGGGGAUAGAGGAAGGUGAGGCCAAGGCCUUUAUCGAGGAUGAAAGUGAGGAGUUGAUGGAUACCAAGAUGUUGAUUAGGGAGCAGGCGGGCAAUGGUAUCGAUGCGGUGCCGCAUCUAGUGGUGGAGGGAAAGAAGAGGGAUAUGACGGUGGAGGGCUGUCGUGAAGUCGAGGAGUAUAUUAAUGCUUUGAAUAGGGUGAUAAAAGAGAGUUCGUAG